AAGAUAAACAAAGAUACAGGGAUAUACCCCAAAGAUACUUUGCAAUCCCAGAUUUUUGAUAUUCCAGUGAGAAAAGCCCGACGGCAAAGUGUUUCGGUUGCUGUGAGUGAGGGUGAGAGGACUGAUAACACCGCCGGAGACAGAGACAGCAGUAAUAGGAAAAAAUCGGAAAUAAUAAUAACAUUAUAAAGAUCCCUUAGAAGUCAUAAGCUUGAGGACAUUGGUGAUUUCACAUAUAGUGAAGGGAUAAGGAAGCUGCUGCCUUCAAGGAUUGAGAGUGCCCCCUUUUGGAUUAUGGGCAUAUCGGAGGAGAUCAAGCUGGAGGAACUACCGCAAGAAGCCAAGCUAGCGCACCCGGAUGCCGUCGCCCUGGUGGAUCGUGCCCCCGGAUCGUCGGCGGCCACCGCCGGUGCGGCGCUAACGGUUUCGGUUUCUGGCAGUGGUGCAGCCAGUGCGGCGAGCGGAGCCAGCGGCGGCACCAAUAGCCCCAUCUCGGACGGGAACAGUGACGGCGAGGCGGACGAGUAUGCCCCGAAGCGGAAGCAGCGGCGCUAUCGCACAACCUUCACCAGCUUUCAGCUCGAGGAGCUGGAGAAGGCCUUCUCCCGGACCCAUUACCCCGACGUGUUUACGAGAGAGGAGCUGGCGAUGAAAAUUGGAUUAACCGAGGCGCGCAUUCAGGUCUGGUUUCAGAAUCGGCGUGCCAAGUGGCGCAAGCAGGAGAAGGUUGGACCCCAGUCGCAUCCGUACAAUCCCUACCUGCCAACCGGCGCCGCCAGCAUGCAGACGGUGGUGGGGGCCGCCCUUCCGCCCAAUCCCUUCACCCACCUUGGCUUCCAGCUGCGCAAGCCCUUCGACGCCCAACACGCCGCCAACCUGGCCGCCUUCCGCUAUCCGCACCUCUCUGCCGCUCCCAUGAUACCGUCGGGCUACUUUAACCAAUUCCAGAGGGCUCCUCCCCAUAUGCUACCACCGGGAAUGGCCGGGAUGUAUCCCUCCAGCUCCUUCCAAUCACUGCUGGCCAAUAUGACGGCGGUACCCAGAGGUCCGCCCCUUGGAAAACCACCAGCCCUACUUGUGGGAUCCCCGGACCUGCACUCGCCCAACCAUUUGCUCGCCUCGCCACCCACUUCCCCCGCCUCCGGCCACGCCUCCCAGCACCCGAGCAUCCAUCCGCCACCGCCCCAAGUGGCGCCACCGCCGCCUCCCCAGCUGGGAGUGCAGCCAGCUCAGUUGUCGCCCCAACAGCUGGUGGGGAUCGCCUUGACCCACCAAGCGCCUUGCAGAUCACCCACCCAGACAGCUCCCGUGGCCCUGACGCUAGCUCACUCGCCUCAGCGCCAGUUGCCGCCGCCGCCACCGCCAGUGGUGUCUCUGCCCCCGCCUCCACGAGCUGCAACACCUCCGGAGGAUCGACGCACCUCCUCUAUUGCUGCACUGCGUCUGAAGGCCCGGGAGCACGAACUGAAGCUGGAACUGCUGCGCCAAAACGGACAUGGUAACGAUGUGGUCAGCUAGCUGACGGAGAAGCCAACGGAUGGGAUGGAGUUCGAGGCGGAUAUUCCAAAUUCAAGUGCAAAAUCUUUACUGGUUCACUGUAUUUCUAAGCCCAUAAAUUAUUCAAUUGUGUGUAUUUAACAAAGAAUUUUCAAUAAAUUCAAAAAGUAAAAUAA